UUAUAUGCUAAUUACAAAUUUGCCAGUACCACAUAAAUAAUCCUUUAAUUUUAUUUUAUUUAUAAAAUUGCUACCAAUUCAAUUUGAAAUUGAACUACUAUUUGCAUAUUCUAGAAGGCCGGAUAAUUUUUUCUUUUGAAUUCGAAUAUAAUCUAUAUUAUUUAUUAUUAUCGUAUAAACGACAAGGUGUCAUCUUAAGUCCACAGACCACAGUUUCUGCUGACAAAAUAUUUGUUUUUUUCGAAAACGUUAUUAAAUUAUUUUAGAAAAAAACUCUUUAAUAAAAUAUAAAAUGCUAUUAUUAUCAUAAAAAGUUAAAAACAAUUUAUAAUUUUCGUUUUUGGUUUCCAUCCAUAGCUAAGCAAAAGCAUCGCCGGAAAAUGGAGACAUUCGAGCUAGUAUUCAUCCCAUCUCCGGGGCUGAGCCACCUCACCGCCACCGUCGAGGCGGCCAAGCUCCUCCUCACCCGCGACGGCCGCCUCUCCAUCACCAUCCUCACCAUGCAGCUCCCCGGCGACACCGCCGUCGACACCUACACCGCCAAGAUCUCCGCCUCCUCGCCGCCCCGCCUCGCCUUCGCCGCCCUCCCCGGCCUCCCCGACUGGACCCCGCAAUCCGCAACCUCCUUCUUCGAGUUCAUCGAAGGCCAGAUCACAAACGUGAGGCAAAUCCUCUCAAACCUAAUCGAGCAAAAUUCCGGCGAUCGCCAUAAGAUCGCCGGAAUCGUGCUCGACAUGUUCUGCCUCAUAUUCAUCGACGUCGCCCGCGAAUUCAGCCUACCGGCUUACUGUUACUUCACCUCAGGUGCAGGUACACUAGGUUUAUUUGAAUACUUAGUCAAAUUGAAACUCGAGGAGAAUAAGGAGCUAACGGAAUUCAAAGGCUCCGACGCCGAACUUCCGGUGCCGUGCUACUCCCUCCCUAUUCCGGCGAAGGUUCUGCCGGCGGCGUUAGUCAACGACGGCCUGAUCGCCGACUACUUUUGUAGCCACCUCAAAAGAGUAUCGGAGACAAACGGCGUCGUAGUGAACACAUUCUACGAAUUCGAGCCGUACGCCGUCGAUUCGAUGAUGUCGGGCCGAGGCCCGAAAGUUUAUCCGAUCGGCCCGAUUUUGGACUUGAGCAGCCAAUUCAAUGAAGAUGAUGAUGUGAAGAAAUGGCUCGACGAUCAGCCGGAAAAUUCCGUGAUUUUCCUCUGUUUUGGAACGAAGGGGAGCUUCGCCGGAGCUCAGGUGAGAGAGAUCGCUGUGGCGCUCGAAGGUAGCGGCUGCAGGUUCCUAUGGUCGCUGAGGAAGCCCGGGACGAAGGGGGCGGCGAAGCUCGUGGUGGAGUACGACGAUUUCGAGGAGGUUUUGCCGGAGGGGUUCGUGGAGAGGACUAAGGGGUUGGGCAGGGUGAUCGGGUGGGCGGCGCAGGCGGCUGCGCUGGCCCACCCGGCGGUCGGGGGUUUUGUUUCGCAUUGUGGGUGGAACUCGACUCUGGAGAGCGUGUGGUUCGGGGUGCCCGUGGCGACUUUCCCGCUCCACGCGGAGCAGCAGUUAAACGCGUUUUAUCUCGUGAGGGAGGCGGGGUUGGCGGAGGCGAUUAGGUUGGAUUAUAGGGGGGAGGAGGCGCCGGAGAUCGUGGGGGCCGGGGAGAUCGAGGGGGCGAUACGGCGGUUGAUGGGGGCCGAGGGGGGCCCGGUGAGGAGGAAGGUGGAGGAGAUGGGGAGGAAGGGGAGGGCGGCUUUGGAGGAAGGUGGAUCUUCUUAUAAAGCUCAAGCUUUGUUUAUUGAGGAUGUGAUUAGAAAUAUUAAUGGUUAGUUAAUUAGUUAGUUAGUUAGUUAAUUCAAUUUUGUUUUGUGUAUUUUUCGUUUUCGGGAAUUAUUACUAUGUUGUGUGUAUUUCAGAAAUGAUGCUUGUGUUUUGCUAGUUAAAUAAGUUGUAUAUUAUGGUUGUGGAGAAUAGCUCGAUUGAUUAGAUAUUGCGUGAAUUGAUUCGA